GUGUUGUUAUAGUGUUACGAUUACUGGGAUCGUAACAAUUUAAAGAUGUGCAUAUAUAUGAUUGUUAUUGUUGAUGAAUUUAUCUAUUUGAAUAAUAAUUGAAAUUUUUGCCAUUCUUUUCGAUCAUCGUAAUCACCAGAAUUGGUCUGUAAUUAUCAUCAUCGAAUUUAUAGCGAAAUUUCUUGCAUAUACCUUUGAAAGAAAAAAGUGCACGAGCUUUGUUAAUCAUCGUCAUCAUCAUCAUCAUUGGGCCAAACAACAUGAAAGAAAAUGAAAAUGGAUCUAAGCCAAUUCAACGUGUUCUCUUUUCUGUUUUUCUCAUUUCAUUUUUUUUCUCAACAAUCAUCAUCAUUGAAAGGUUGAAUGAUGUAUAGUUGUUAACAUCUUGUCCCGUUCUUUGACUUUACUCCAUAUGUAAUUUUCCAAGAUUGUUGUUUGAAUCUUUUUUCUUUGUUUAUGUGUGUAUAACUGUGUUUUCAAUACAAUACACACCAAAAUUCAUAUCAUUUGGCAUAAAAAACGAAAACUACACGUAUCUCAUACAACACAAAACAUAGUCGGAACAAGUCAAGUAGAUUUGAAUCGUGGUUUUUUCUUCAAGUUUCAAACUGAAAAAAAUAUCAAGGUAAACAUCAUUUCUUCAUCGCCAUUUAUUCAAAGGGCCAAUGAUCAUCAUCAUCAUCGUCAUCAACAUCAUUACAAUCACCAUUGAACGUAUAUCUUAGACCCUGACAAAUUAUUCUCUUUGCCAACGCCACCUUCAGCCACUCCUUCUUCAAUCAUAAUCGCUUAUCAUGUCUUUUUUUUCCAUUUUUUAUGUGUUGUGUAUAUGCCAUUUCAACAUUCCUGAUAUGAUCUAAUCAAUAUCAUUUUUUCUAUACUGUUUUUGUUUUUCAUUGAAUUUCGAUUCCUGAAUAUCUUAUGUGAAAAUUUAUGAAAUUAUUUUUUAAAUAUUUUUAGUGUUCAAUAUUUCAUCAAAUUCGAUCAAUCAGUCAUUCAUUUCAGUUAAAUCAAUCUCUUAGGAAUUCCCUUAAUCAAUUUUCAAUCUGGUAAUCACGUGGCAAACAUAUUGAUUAAGCUUUUCCAAUUAAUCUUGAUUCCUUCUCCUGGUCCAUCAUUGACAAUUAUGGCAGCUCUUUAUCCAAUUACGAAAAAAAUCGAACAACAUACAAUUAAUAAAUAACGACGGCUAUGACAACAAUGAUGAUCCAACAGCUACAAUAAAGACAAAGAUAACGGAUGUAAUUCAUUGUUUGUGAUUUUAAACCAUAGAACUUUUUAAUUCUAAGAAGCAAAAAAACAACCCGAAUACGAAUCAAUCUCAUUAUUAUUAUCCAUUUAAUUGCCUUUAAAUAUUUCUCAAACACGCAAUCCACCCAAAAUUGUUGUCAACUCUAAAUUUGUUGUGUCAUUUUUUAAUUAUUCGUAUAUCAUCAUUGGUAAAACGUAUCUCAUUUAUUUUCAAACUAAAGAAAAAAAAGUGAAAGCUAUCAAGUGAUAUACUCAUUUAUCAUUGGUUCUAUUCUUUUCCUCUUCUCCCACCUUUCAUCAUUAUUUGCAUUAUAUGGCAUUCAAAUUAUUAUUUUUAUUCAAAUUGAUAAAAGAUCUUGAAACUUUUAUUAAUUGUUGCGCAAUAUAUCUCUAAGACUACGACAUUUCAAUUCACAAUCAUCCUCAUAAUCAACAAAAAAAAUUUCAUCUAAAUAAAAAUACUAAUGAUAAUAUCUCAAACUAUUCUCGAAUCUAAAACAACAAAACAAAGAAAUUCAACAGUCAUUUAUCAGUUGAUCUUUUUGCGCUUGAUAUUAAUAAUAUUCAAAAGACAAAUAUUACAAACUUAUUCAUCGACUGAUGUCUUAAAAAGAACAAAGCAACAACAAAUAUCUUUAUUUCUUGACAAUAUGAUUCGCAUUCAACACGUCCAAAGUGUUUAUCAUUCAAGUUUAGAUUGAGAAAAAAUCAACGAAUGCGAUAUCAUCAAUCACAAUCUCAUUCGAAAACCAAAUUGUGAGCUAACCACCAAACAAAUAUCGAAUUGCCUCAUCAAAUUUGGCUUUUGAAAAAAAAAUACAAAUUUCUCCAACCAACAUUUGCAUACAAAAAGGAUCCACGCCACAAAUAUUGGGAUAAGAUAUUGAACGGACAAAAAACCACCAAUUCCAAUAUCGUCUUGCAUCGUCGUAUCUAUAUUUGGAGUUUUCUUGCACUCGAUUUUUUUUUGUUGCUCACUAUUAUUUACUACUACCGAUACCAUACACAUUUAAAUCAACACAUACAAAGACAUCAUUUCAUAUAUUUUGAUGCUUUUAUUUUUUUUGGCCCUCGAAUUUUUUUUGGUUUUUAUUUGUUUCGUAUUUUCCAAAGUCAAAGUUUUUGAAGACAAAUUCCAGAAAUUGCCGAAUUUAAAUGUUCAUCAAUCUAUCUAACAAACAAGUUUCAUCAUCCUAAAUAUCAUUCAUAAUUUCAUAAUUUAAGUGAAGUGAAAAAAAUAUCCACAUAAAUACAUAAUCCGUAUCUAUUUAGCUUUAUGAUCAAAAUUAUCCAUUUUUUUAUUCAUUCAUCAUUUAUUAUGCCUGGUCCACUUAAUGAUAUCAUAUAUGAAUUAUUCUUAACUUCUAUAUUCACAAACAUCUUAUUUCGUUUAUAAUCAUCGAAAAACAGAUUUGGUGUUAAUUUUGCAUUACUUUCAAAGAAAAAUCAAAAAAAACUACACCUUACGAUUGAUUGUCCUUGACUAUUUCAAGAUUUUAAAAGACCUAUCGCCCAUUAAAAAAACACAAGAUGGGUCUUUUAGGUAACGGUGAUGAUUCAUCGUUGACUUCAAACACCGGUUGGGGCAUGAUGCCACCGAUGAAUUCCGGUGCUGAUUGGGGAAACGCUUCGUCCUCAACGUCGUCGUCCAUUGGUGCCAAUAACAUUUCCGGUAACAAUCAUAAUCAUAAUCACAGUUUAAGUUCAAACAAUGCCAACGUGUCUGCUAUUGGCGGCGGCUCGUCAACAGCGAAUUGUUGGCAAAACAAUAGUGGGCAACAAUCCAGAUCAUUGGUCUCAACUUCCGUCUCAACCAACGAACAAGCCUUGUCAUCAUCACCAAAACUAUCAAGCUCAUGGGCACAAGCUGCCGGUAAAGGUCUUUUGGCCUCUGGAAAUCAGAAUCAAUCAACCGGUAGCGGAAACAACAAUUCCCACCAAGUCAACAAUGUGAUUAUUCAAUCAUCAUCAUCAUCAUCAUCAAACGCCAACAAUUCCAAUCACAUCGGUUCUGUCUCUUCCUCCUCUUCUGGACCAAAUCAGACAAGUGUUACGUCCUUGUCAUCUGGCACUCAAAAUAACCAAUUUAGUCAUGAUUCGUCGUACUCAGUAGCCAUCCUCAAUAAUGGCAGCAAUAAUUCCAAUUCCCAGAAUGGUACCACCGGUUCUAAUUCAACUAUUUCAGCAUUUCAACAAGCAGCAAAUUCGCAAAACAACACCGUAAACAGUUCCAAUAAUAAUUCAUCAUCGGUUGCUUCUUCAUCUUCGAAUGAAAACCUAAGCAGUAAUGGUAACAUGGGUGGUAAACGUUCCAUAGCAACUGCUAAUAUAAAAGAUGUUAUUGGUAAUUUGAGUGAUGAAAUACGUGAAACAUUGUUGACUGAAAAAUGGCGUUCACCUGUGAUAAAUCAAGAUUCUCCUUGGAAUCUGCCUCCGUCCCCGCAAUCAUCCAGUCCAAAGGAUACGUCACAAUGGCGUUGUCCAGUCAACUCAGGAACCGAGAUUUGGGAAGCUGUUAAAAAAGAGAAAAAAGACGGUAAUGGCAAUGGAACUGGUCAAUCAAUGGUCAAUAAUCACAAUGGUAUUCAACCUAAUGCUCCUGGUGUGAUUCAUGGUGGUCCACAAAUGAAUGGUCCCACGGCAACCACUCCUGGAUCAUCGGGCAGCAUCUCUACUCAAUUACCAUGGGGGCAAUCAGGCGCUCCUUCAAUUGGCGGCACUUGGGGUGAUGAAGAUCCUGACUUGACAAAUCAUUGGGUGCCUAAUCCCAUUACUAGUGGUGGUGGUAAUGGUGGCAGUGCUGGUGGUGGUCAUUCUUCAAGUAUUAAUUGGUCAUCUACGAAUGGACCAAUAUUGCCAAGCCAGAACACAAAUCAAACGCCAUCAUACGAUUCCGGUUCAAACCCCGGUUGGAAUCAAACCAAUGAAACAAAAAGUUUCGACUCAACGAAAAACGUUCCCCGUAAACCAUGGGGCUCAUUUGAUAAUGCUGACCAGUCGGAACAGAAUUGGGAACGAAUCGCUACUGACAGUAGUUUUGGCACUUGGAAUUCCGAUCCAUCUUCAUGCAAAAAAGAAUCUGGUUGGGAUAAAGAAUCCAUAGAUUCGCAAAGAGGAGGCCCUGUUGAUGAUGGUACUGCUUUGUGGAGUAGCACCAUUCGUCAAGGAAAACAGCCGAUUUGUAAUUGGAAAGAUACCAAAUUCGGUGGCAAUAAUUCUAUGUCCAACCAAAACAAAAAUGGCUCUAAUGGAUGGAACAAAGGUACAAUGAAUUUAAAUCCAACUAACGGUAGUAUUAUUGGUAGCAUAUCCAAUGGUGUUAGCAAUAGUCAUCAAAUCCUGCAACAACAAAAGCCUAAUCAACAAAUGACAAUGACAAAUCGUUCGACGCCAUGGGCGUCCGAUACUACUCAACAGCGUAAAUCGCCAUUGUGGAAUACAAUUGAAACUGCCGCCGAUUCAUCUGCCAAAGUUAAUGGCCAGACAUCAUCAUGGCUUUCGGACUCGCCUUCUAGUUCUAGUCUACUUUGGCCUGCAAAUGAUAUCAAUAAACCAAAUAAUCCGAAAACAGGACCUGGUGGAACAGGUUCGAUGGCUGGCCUUCCUUCCAGUUCAUCAAAUUGGAUGGAUCAUCCUUCGGCAUCAAUCGACACUGGCCAUUGGACAGCACCUAAUCCUUUGUUACAAAAUCGAAUAGUUGGCGCUUCUGGGGGCAGUCUCAUGAACAGCCAAAAAUUAUCUCGUGAAAUUCAUUCAAGUACUCAAUUUAAAACCUUACAAAACAUGGGCUUUAAGAAGGAAGAUAUCGAAAACGCAUUGCGAAAUAAUCAGAUGCGUUUCGAUGAAGCUUUAAAAGAGCUAAAUGAUGAUAUGAAUCGACGUGCCUUAACAAACGAUAAUCGUAAUAUGCGUUCGAAUAUAUUCAAUGCUCAACAAGCUGCUGCCAUUCCUGGUUCAGGUCCUGGUGGUAAUGGCAGUAUUAACCAAAAUACAAACACUAGCAAUGUAAACAUUUCAUCAUUCCCCAAUCGUCAAAUGGUUGAAUUGAUUCGCCUGGCUAUCAAUGCUGGCUUUCUCAAUGCACAGAUUCUCAACCAACCAAUGUCACAGCACAAUCUUGAAAUAUUGAAUGAACUUUUGUCUCAGCUUAAAUUAUUGCGCACUAUCCAGCCAUCGCGUGAUGCUGCAUCACAAAAUAAGAUUCAACAAAUUAAGCAGAUGAUAUGCAAUCUUCAAAAUCAAAUUCAAGGUCACAAUUCUACGACCAGCAAUUCUCCAUUCAUGAUGAUGCCACCUAAUUCUGGUGGUCGUGUGCCUGGUAUGCCACCAUCUGCUGCUCCAACUCCACCAAAAGUGUCGGAUUUUUUUGCCAAGCAAAAUCCUGGUAAUCAGAAUCCCAAUACCAAUGAUCUUGCCUUUGAUUCAUUUGUGCAAAAUCCUUCACAUGUUGGUGGUAGCAAGUUGGGCACUUGGAAGAAUCCAUAUAAACAGGAUGAUCGAUCUUCAAAUAAUAAUGAUUUUGUUCGCGCACCUGGACCACUAUCUAAGCAAAAUUCACAUGCCUCAAAUUCUAACAAUUGGACAGGAUUUGCUUCUGAAGAAGUUACUUGGGGAACUGAUAAAAGUUCAAACGAACUUCCUGCGCCAUUAGGUGGAAUCGUUGAUUAUGAUGUUUCAGAUUCGUUCUCUGAACGUUUUGAUGGCUAUUACCAAACCAAACCAUGGAAAACUGGUUCUAAAUCAGCUGUUGAUAUUGAUGUUACCGCAGUAUCAUCUUUGGAUUCACGAUCUCCUAAUUCAUUAUUGAACACAUUUAGUCAAAAGGAUCCAUUCUCGUGGUCAUCUGCUUCAUCAACUACUGGUGGUACUGCAAAUCAAAAACCUGGUUUAUUGAAUACACAAACUGAUUCUUUUGGUGGUACAUUCUCGAACCCCUCGCCACAUAGUAAUACAUGGGCUUACAACCCUAUGCCUGCCUCUGCAACACAAAAUAUGUUUGGUUCUGGUGAUAAAAUCACUUCACAGCACAGUGGUGGCUCACAGAAAAAAUCUGGAGGUUGGUUAAAUAGCAAUGCUCCAGAAUAUAAUUUGAAUUCUGAGUCAUUGUGGAGUAAUCAUGCUUCUGGUGGUGAUAAUCAUACAGCCGGCGGACAGCCUAAUGCCAAUAAACCGCGUCCCCCUCCAGGAUUAUCCGGAAAAAUGAAUCAGCAAAAUCCUGUUUCAACAAAUUCAGGAAGUGUUUGGAAUUCUUCGGGCCUCACUACCAGUAGUCCAUCAUCCGGAUCAUCAGAAUAUUUACGCUUGCGUAAUCUUACCGCUCAGAUUGAUGGCUCUACAUUAAAAACCCUCUGUCUUCAGCAUGGUCCAUUGAGUCUUUUCCAUAUGGUGUUGAAUCAUGGCGUAGCCAUUGUACGAUAUUCACAUCGCGAUCAAGCUAUCAAGGCUCAAUCAGCUUUGAACAAUUGUGUUCUUGGCAAUACAACAAUCAUUGCAGAUUUUCCGACUGAUAACGAAAUUCAACAAUAUUUGACCCUUGGGGGUGUCACUACCACAGCUAACCAACUAUCGAAUUCUCUUACUGCUUCAGUUGCAACCUGGUCAAAUGGAACAAAUGCUAGUCACACAGUGGUAACUGCUGGUUGUGGCGGACCACAACAAAUCCAGUCAUAUCAUUCAAAUUCUGUAUCAGCAGCUGCACAACGUGGUGUUGGUGUUAGUGCUGUCCAAACGUCAUCUUCAUCGUCUUAUGGCAAUAAUGCUGCUUCCUCAUCGCAAACCAAUCACCAAAAUUCAUUGCCUUAUGGUGCUGGUGCAACUCAUUCCUCUCAUUCUUCAACGCCUAAUUCGCUUCCAUUCGGUCACCAUCAGAAUCAAUUCAAUGGUAAUUCUAAGCUUGGUGCUGAACACAGCAUCGGCGGUGGCUGGAAUACGGCACCUAUUGUUGGCAAUCCUGCUAUGAUGAGUGGAUGGAGUGAUAUGAGCACUGGUUCCAAUUCAACAUUGGGAUUAGGUCCAACUGGUGCCAGUCUUUGGAGUACAGGCGGAUUCACUUCCAAUCAAGCUGGCACUAAUGAUCGUCAAACACCAACAAUUCAAAGUUUCUUGCCUAACGAUCUGUUGGCCGGUGAGAAUAAUUAAUUUAAAUCAAUUAAUAAUUUUAGACAUAAUUACCCACAUAUAUAUUCUCAAUGAAUGUUUGAAUAUUCAUGUCGAUCGAGGAAGAAACCAACUUCAUUUAUCUCAUCGUAUCAAUUUUUCAUAAUCAAGCUUUGCGAAAUAUUCCUUUUAUUCACUUCAUUUUUGGCUCUCUUUCUCCUUUCUCUCUCUCUCUCAAUUUCAAUUGUGAUGUGUAUCAAUCUACUACAAAGAAUUGCUCUUUCAUUCGUCCUUAUAAUAUCGAUUUCACCAGUUAACGAAAUUCGCCACUGGUAAUGAUAUCGAUUCCAAAGUUGUCUCUACUUGUUGGAUUUGUCAUGAUUAUGAUGAUGAUUCAAAAUUUGACCUCAGACAAACGAAAAUGUUUCCUUGUUAUAUUUCUGAAAAAAAUGAUGAUUAUCAACAAAUCAGCACAAUGUGUUACAUUCAAAUAAUCUCUGCGAAUCAUUUGUCGAUUCGUCACUCGUGCAUUAUCUUGUCAUUCACACUCAUUAAUUAUAUUAUUAUCAAUUACCUUUUCGUAUAAAUGACGUAUCGAUAUUUCUCUUUCUCUUUGUUUUCAUCUUUCGGAUAAUAUUAAACACUUUCCCCACCAUUACACACCACCAGAACCACAAAAAUACGUGUAAGAACGACAAGUAUUUUGUUAAUUUUAUAUAUCACACACACACCCACGCUUGCCUACAUACAGACAAAAAAAAGCCAAUGAUGAUGAUACUAUCAAACAAAUCUAUUCAAAUCUCGAUCAUUUAUUAUUUAGCUCUUGCUUGAUUUCUGUGUUUUGAUUGUUUAUUAUUCUCUCUUUCUCACUUUUAUUAUUUCUUCAAUUAUUUUAUUCUUUUAAACAAAAAAACCCUCAGUCAAUCAAUUAUUCAUUAAUUAUUGCCCCUAUACACACUUGAACAUUUACAGACAUGAAUUAUAUUCACACAUUCACUAACCAUAAUAUUCGGUCAAAGUCAACGCUUUCAAGUCUUUUUAUCGAUCUUGUCAACACAUACACACAAGUAUAAACACAUUGGAUGCUUUUAAUUCUCGCUUUUAUUCGUCAAAUUCAGCAGAAUUUCCUUUUCAUUUGUUAUUUUAUUUUUGCCAAAAUUGCCAAAUUUGAUCUUGAUCUUAAUCACGUGAAUGAUGAAUCUGGCCCCCUCAUUCAUUUUCUGCAACAUUCUCUCUUUUUCUAUGUGCUCAGCUAGCCAAAUAAUUUGAUCUGCAUCUGAACUUAUCAUCGAAUGUGGAUAUAAUUAUGUUGAUGUUGAAUCUGAAUUCAAAUUCUCUUUUCAUUGAUUAUAAUGGGUGAUAAUUUUUUUCGUGUGAAUCAUACAAGAAUUUCAUUUGAAUCAUCAUACACACUAAUACACAUACCAACAUAAAAACAUCCACAAACCUCUCAUUGAACACUUUCCAAUUACCCUAAACAAUGAUGAAAAUUUCAACACACAAACACACACACACAUACACACA